AUGAGAGCCGCAACCAUCAUCUCCGCAAUCUUUGUCCUAGCAGCCUGUCUCCUGAGGAGCAGCGAUGCGGUGACCUGCACGGCUGACCCCACCGUCACUGGCUGCAUCAACUGCACCACCAACCCCACCGACGCAGAGUGCGUGGCCGAAGCAGCCGCUGCAACCACCACAACUACUACGGCACCAACCACGACCACCACCACGACCACCGAAUCGACCACUACCACAUCGCCUAGCACCGCAUCCGGAAAUCGAAAGAUCGUGCGCGUGAGCAACCUGCGCUACUCCGUCACCCGUCGCAUUCGACUCAACAACACCACAUCCCGCUCCAGCAAAUCGAGUGGCAAGACCAACAAGAGGCGCUCUACCAACACCAACCGCAACCAAAGACGCAAGAACAACAAUUCUAGGAAUAGAAGUGGAAACGUUCGUGUGGUAGUUGGUUAA